CUUCCGAUCUUCUCUUGUCGCGAUUGGUUUCCGGCGCCGCCUCCGUCGUCCGCCGUCACCGUCUUGCUUUUGAGGGUUCAAUUGUGAAGGAUCAAAAGGGAGGAAUUUGGAAUUAUUGAUUUAUGGUUCAAAAGGGAGAAGAAAUGAAUGACUCCGGUGUUAAUGGUGGCAAAGUAGGAACCUUUUCAGUUUCACACCAAGAAAAGGGAAGGAAAAACAAGAGAAAAUUGGCUGAUCCUUCUCAACAAAAUGCUGCUAAUCUUCCUUCUUCCCUGACCGAGUUCCCUCGAUAUGAAUUACCAUCACCGAAAUUAACUCACACACCAUCGACUGACCUCCGUUUGCUGGAGACGCUUUCCGGUCAGCCGAAGGUCGAGGAAUCUCAAUCUAUAGGAUGGGAUGAUCCGCUUGCCUGUCAACUUGAAGAACUACUGUUAUCAAAUUUGACCACACUCUUCUGUAGUGCAAUCAAGCAGAUUGUGGAUGAUGGAUACAGGGAGGAUGUUGUCCUGAAAGCUAUUUCAAGCAGUGGGCUCUACUGUGGAGGUAAUGACCUUGUGUCAAACCUUGUCAAUGAUACGGUGGGUUUUCUGAAAAGCGGAAAGGAAGGUGCUGGUUCUAGAGACACUGUGUUUGAAGACUUACAACAGCUUGUUGCAUAUACUUUGGUAGAGAUGACUGGUCUUGUUAGGGAGGUUAGGCCAUCCUUGUCAACAGUAGAAGCAAUGUGGCGGCUGUUGAUGUGUGACCUGAAUGUUUUGCAGGCGUGUGAAGUGGAAGGGGAUGGAUUGGAGGGGGGCUCUUCAGGUUUAGGCACUGAGAUUAAUCCUCCAAAAUCCAGUGACCCAGAUAACCGGAAGCUUUCACCAUCCAAUGCUCAAAACAAUCAGACUGAGCCCCUCAAAUUUGGAAAUUUUCCUAAUUUACCCAACUCCAAAAAUCCUCAUGCUAGAGGGACAAAACCAGGAAAAGAGGUAUUUUCUGGCGGCAGUGCUUCUGGUGAAGGCAUUAAAACUACAUCUCUGGCUUCGGUCUUUGAUGAAAAAUUGUUACCUGGUAGAAAAGGCCGCACCAAAAAAGAAAUAGCCAUGCUUCGGCAGAAAUCAUGUGUGGAAAAGAUUAGGACUUAUAGCAAAGGCAGUGACUAUAAGGCGGCAAAGUUUGCAUCGGUUGGUGGGUUUCUUGUGGAGAAAAGAGUCAAAUCACCUUCGGAUUUGGCAGCUUUACAGGAAAGAAAUUUUUCACCAAAGAUAACAGCAGAGGUUGAGGUGAAAGUCCCUUUAUCUGAUAGUGACAACACUCCCUUAAAUAAUAGUUCUAAGUCAGAUCCACCUGCGGGAGAUGCAAAAGGCUCUGUAACUGCCUUACCUGUUACUGAUGCAGAUUCCACAAUUCCACCACCAUCAACUUCAGAAAAGCAAUCUGGUUCUGAGUCUGAACAAAAUGCUUCUGUGUCUGUAAAGCCAGCACCAGAUUACUAUGCCCGGAUUCCAUAUGAUGCAUCCCUUGGGGCAUAUGUUCCCCGGGAUAAAAAGGAUGAAUUGAUCUUAAAGCUAGUUCCGCGAAUGAAAGAUUUGCAGAAUGAACUGCAGGUUUGGACUGAAUGGGCUAACCAGAAAGUGAAGCAAGCUACUGUUAGACUCCUUAAGGACCAACCAGAGAUUAAGGCAUUAAGGAAAGAGAGAGAAGAGGCCGAACAAUACAAAAAAGAGAAGCAGUUAUUGGAGGAAAAUACUAGGAAAAGGCUGUGUGAGAUGGAGUUUGCCUUGAACAACGCAUCCGACCAGCUUGAGAAAGCUAACAAUACAGUCCGCAGGUUCGAAUUGGAACAAUCUCUGUUGAAGAAAGAGAUGGAAGCUGCUAAAAUCCGAGCUGCUGAGUCUGCAGAGAGCUUUAGGGAGGCAAAGGAGAGAGGACAAAAAACGUUGAAGAAUGCUCAGUCAUGGGAAGGGCAAAAGGUUUUGUUGCAGGAGGAGCUCAAGAGUCAAAGAGACAAGGUGGCAGAGUUGCAGCAGGAGGUUGCCAAAGCAAAUAGCCGUCAGUGUCAAAUUAAGGUUAGAUGCGUCUGUAAGAUGUCGACAGAGGUAUUUGCAUUUCCAUUUAUUUACCAUCUGAUAACUCAUUGCUUCCUCCACAUUAUUUCUCCAGAAUGGAAAAAUACUGAUGAAAACCCAAUGCAGGCUACAUGGAAACAAGAAAAGGCAGCUAGGGAGAAGCUUCUCGCUCAGGCUGCAUGCAUAAAGAAAGAAAGAGAGCAAGUGGAAGCACUUGGAAAAACAGAAGAAGAACGGAUCAAAAUGAAAGCAGAACAUGACAUGAAAUACUACAUGGAGAACAUCAAAAGACUGGAGAGCGAGAUAUCGAAGCUGAAACUCGAAUCAGACUGCUUGAAAAUAGCUGAGCUGAAGAAGGGCAUUGAUGGAAUCCAUGGUAGUAAAGGCGGAGACUUUGCGACAAAGCCGAACCAGACAGAGAGUGCGGAAAAAGGGGCGAAACCCGUGUGGGGAAAUCUCAGGGAAACGAAGAUCAAAAGGGAAAGGGAAUGUGUGAUGUGUCUAUCGGAAGAGAUGACGGUGAUAUUCCUUCCAUGUGCUCAUCAAGUUCUGUGCUCAAAGUGCAACCAGCUUCAUGAGAAACAAGGCAUGGAGGAAUGCCCUUCUUGUAGGGCCACUAUUCAGAGGAGGAUUCAGGCUCGUUUCUCCCUUGGAAGGAAGAAAGCAGAUGAAAAGCGGGGAGAGAGAGAGAGAGAGAGAGAGAGAGUAGGUGAAGUGAAAGAGACUCCACAAGCAGGGGACAUAAAUGAGAGAAGAGAUGAAGGAGUGUAGUGUUUGGGGGCAAUUAUAUGCUUCUUCUUCUACCCUUUAUAUAAAUACAUUUUCUCAUUUACUAUCAUAAUUCGAGUUUCUUCAAAUGUCAUAUAUUAUAUGAUUUCUAUCCAA